AUGCUAAUAGAGUUGAAUGCAAGUGAUGGUAUCGAUUUCGGAUCUAGCAAGGCUUCCGCUCAUCCUUUGAACAGCCAGCGAUGUAAUAUUCGGGCACCACUGCCAAAAACCAUAUCCAAUACUUCUAUUCCUCUACUUGAAGCACAGUGCAUUAGACGCUCUCCCGGAUAUUUGAGGAGCCCGAAUUCAACUAGUGAAGGACAUCUACUUCAAGCGACUUGUGCACCGAAGGCACAAUCAUUUGGACCUUCAGGAGAUUCUCAGGGGAUACUGAUUGUAGAUGAGCUGGAGAAGUCUCGGCUGUCAUCUCAAAAAGCUCCUUUGAAACCGCUUCUGGAUGGCGGCUUUGCACAUGCGAUUGACAAGACCGACCCGCGGCCAGCAAUGCGGUUCCGUUCGGCAGAGUGCCGGUUGAACGUCGGUUACACUUUGGAAUGGUUGCGGGAGAAUGCAUUAGACUAA